ACUGUCAUAAACGUAGGUUGAUGAGGGCACUAUCUUGAGAUGAUGUUUGACCGUAGUUUUGUAUUCACGUACCUAAUGUAUUCUUAUCAUUGUUAUCGGUAGUGUCUUCGAUUAACAAUGCUUUCGAGGUAAAGUAUGCGAACACAACGCAGAUGAACGCAGACUCUGAUAGUGUGGUGAAAUGUCCUGAAAUUUCUAACGCACAGCGCGUUUCCAUAAACUUUCAUUACGUAAUGCUAAAUAAAAAUUGAAAGAGCUAACAUUUAUCGAUAUGAUAGGAAAAACGAAUCAUUAACCAUUAUACAACGUAUUGUUAUCAUGGUAUUCGUUCUCUGCUCGAUCAGAAUCUCCCGGAACGUGUCAUGUUUAUCCCCGUGGUUCAAACUUCCCUCGACAGCGUACUCCGCAAAGGUUACGUCAAACAUAAAGAAAUUCUCUUCUUCGCCAAGCCACUGUUGCUUGUCAGCUGCAAAAAAUGUACAAACUCAAACAACUUCCUCUGAUCGAUCAUCUUCUGAACGUCGAAAAAAUGUCUCUCCCAAAGGCACAAUACACAAUGUUCGGAAAGAUGUACGCUCGAACGACGAGCCAGAAUGGAAGGCUUUGGAAGUGGACACUGAUAAUUUCCAGAAACACUGUCUCAUGUUGUCCAAAAUAAGAUUAACAUCACUAGUGGUUAUAACAACUAUGGCUGGAUACUCGCUAGCUCCUGGUCCAUUCGAUACAUCCACCUUCUUGGCAUGUGCCGCAGGAACUGGAAUGCUUUCCGCAACAGCGAAUAGUAUCAAUCAGUUUUUUGAAGUUCCUUUUGACGCGCAAAUGUCAAGAACGAAAAAUAGAGUCUUAGUCAGAGGCCACUUGACGCCAGCGCAUGCAAUUAUUUUUGCAGCAAUGUCUGGUAUCAGCGGAGUAUCGUUACUCGUUAGCGAAGUUAACGGCCUGACAGCAAUUCUGGGCGUGUCUAACUUAAUUCUUUACACCCUUAUUUAUACUCCUAUGAAACGAAUGAGUAUUCUAAACACAUGGGUGGGUUCUAUUGUCGGUGCCAUACCACCGUUAAUGGGUUGGGCAGCUUGCGUCGGCGACAUAAUGUCUCCUGGUGCUUGGAUCAUGUCUGGUCUGUUAUAUGCAUGGCAGUUUCCACACUUUAAUGCUUUAUCAUGGAAUUUAAGACCAGAUUAUUCGCGUGCUGGUUAUAGAAUGAUGGCAGUCACGGAUCCGAAUCUUUGUCGCAAAACGGCAUUACGUUACACUGUUUUGUUAACGGGUCUCUGCUAUUUGGCACCCGUCCUAAACGUAACAAAUUGGUGGUUUGCUCUAGCGUCGACACCGCUCAACACGUAUUUUCUUUACCUUGCUUGGAAGUUUUAUCAGCACUCGGAUAGCGGAAGUUCACGGAAACUCUUUCGCUUUUCGCUCAUACAUCUACCCGUACUCAUGAUACUUAUGCUCGUCAAUAAAAAAUACUGGUUUAACGAGAAGAAGCAGAAAGACACGGUAACCUAUGAAGAAAAACAGGAUAGCAUAUAUUCUGUUCUGACGAGAUUCAUCACAUUGACUCCUUCGACUGUUUAAACAAAGUGCUCCGUUCGAACUCACAGUUAAAUGUAAUAGUACAAAUUGUUACGAUAUUGUACCGUUUGACACGGUACGCUAAUACGAGUCAGUAAGACAUUUACCGACAAAGUAUUUUAUAAAAUCGUGUACAUGUAAAUAAUAAUAGCUAUUUAUCACGAUUGCUUAGGA